AUGGACCUUACGAAGAAAAUUACAACUAAAUGUACUAUUGAACUUAAGUCUACAACUAAUUUUGUCAAUAAUUUAAUGAAUUAUAUACAAUUUUUACUUUUUUGCUGCCCAAAUUUAGAAUCUAUUGAUUUUGAUUUUACUUUUGAUUCGAAGUUGAAAACCGAUUUUUUUAGCUACUCAGGCUCUUAUGAAUCGACUUCUGAUGACUUUAUUCUUUUAAUUUCACCUGAAGAAUAUGUUACAAAUCUUGAAUUAUUUUUUACUGCAAUUAUUGAUUUUCUCAAAAAUCUAGAAAAGGGUGGUAAAGAUUUGAAAAUUAAAAUAGAAUUUUAUUCAACAUUUAAUACAGAUACUUUUGAUCUUAUUCCUACUGAUAAUAAACUUUUUUCUAUGGGAACACAUAUCGAAAUAAUUUCGCUUGGCAAUUAUCUUGACGAGUCUUCAGCAUAUCAUGCACGUGAUAUAGAAAUUGUUGAUUCUAUUGGAAGACAACAUAAAUGUUUAUUCAAAAUAAUUUCUUUAAUGUGUACGUUUUCUUUUCUAUUAAUAUUUUCGGAGUAG